AUGGAUCAACCAUAUCCUUUGAUGGUUUGGUCUAAGUACCUCAUGCCAAAGGCGUUCCUCGGGGCAAUGGCAAUGGAGGUCCUCGCUUGCAUAUCCGUGCAGCCUUCAUUAUUUAAAAGAGAACUGGAUUGUUUAAUCCAAUACGCCCUCACUGCCCCCAAUCACUUCAACAAUCGCAACCUGCAACGAACUUAUGUGUAUUACAUGCACUACUCUGAGGACUCGUCAUGCAUAAAGUUCGUUGUUGCUGCCGUAUGGAUUCUUGAUACAUUACAUAUCUCGUUCAGAAAAUGCGUGGUUAAUUCUCUAUUAAUAACCAAUUAUGGAGAUCUGCUGAGCUUGGAGUAUAUUGUCUGGUUCGCGUCGCUUCCAGUGAAUGAUUUAUCUCUAUUCCAGACAUUUGUCGUUACUAUAGUUCAAUUUUUGCCGUCGUCAACUGAGGUGGUUGGUGGCCGCCCCUCUUGGCUUGCCAUAGGUUCGUCAACGAUGCGCUUAGCUUCGCCUCGCACACUAGGGUAG